GUACCAGCCGGAGGUUCAGUCUUCUCGCGAUAUCUGUCAUCGGCGAGAAAAUAGCAGGAGGUAUAAUGCUAACAGCUUCUUAGCCUCGUUAGUUUUUGACAUUUCGCUUCUAGUUGGAUGGAGAAGAGGAUUCUCAGCUGUUUCAAAGGGUGGAUCUAAAGAUGUAGCCUACAGCGUGCCACCUCUGCACCACUUAACUACUCCUGCCCCGUGAUAAUCAGCCCUCUGCCACCCUCACCCUGGAGCACUUUGACCCGCAUCCAGGGCUGCCCUGUGCGUGACUCGGCCGUCCUUAGUCACUCCGUCCCCGCCGUCCUCCAUCAUGCUGUUCUCCCUCAGGGAGCUGGUCCAGUGGCUGGGCUUCGCUACCUUCGAACUCUUCCUCCACCUGCUGGCUCUGCUGGUAUUCAGUAUGCUGGUCGCCCUGAGAGUCGACAUGUUCACCCCCGGGCUGAGUUGGUGGCUGGUGUUCGUCCCACUGUUCGCCGCAGAUGGCCUCAGCACGUACUUCACAGCCAUCGUGUCCAUCCGACUUUACCAGGAGAACGAGAAGCGACUGGCUGUGCUGCGGCUCCUCUGGGUGCUGACAGUGCUUAGCCUGAAGCUGGUGUGCGAGGUUCUGCUGUGCCAGAAGCUGGCCGAGCAGGAGCAAGCCAAAGACCUGUGGUUUGGCCUCAUCGUCUCGCCACUCUUCAUCCUCCUGCAGCUGCUCAUGAUACGAGCAUGCCGCGUCAACUGAGGAGAGGCGGAAGUGCUUCAUGUAACUGACAACACGAGAGCAGAAAGCAGUCUUUGGGUACAUCCACACUAAUAUGUUUACAUUUUAAAAUGUCUACAUUAGUCCCCGUGAUUUGCCCCAUCUAUUUUAUUUGUCCCAAAAGUAUGGAAAUUCCUGCAUCACAAACAUUAAACACAACCUACAACUAACUAAAGUCGAAUGGCUUAUUAAAAAAUGCAUUAUGAUGAGACAAAAUGGUAAAAAAAUCCACAAAAGGAGCCCAGUUAAAUUGGGGGGGGGGGGGGUUUAAAUGAAAUCAAAGAGCCCAGUGUAUAAAAUGCAAUACAAUUAUGAGUUAAAUAAGUUUAAAAAAAGAAAAAGAAAAGAAAACUGAAACCUUUGAAAAUAGUGAUGCAGACACAUGUUUCUGAGUGGGUCACACAAGGGAAGCCACAACACUGUAGCUAGACCCUGAAACCUUUGUGAUUUCAUUUUUUAUGUUUGUGGGUACUGUGACUCCAAUCUCAGCCAUUGCCAAGGUUUUGCUUUAUCUCAAAUCCGACUAGCUACUUUCAAAAUCAGUUCCACCCAUAGAAAAAAUUAUAAAAGCUGGAUGUAGCUUCUGGGGCUACAAAAAGCAAAGCCAAUGCUUUAGUGCCUUAAAUCUGCAUUAUUUUUAUUGGCCACCAGGGGGCAACUCCUUUAGGCGUCCAUAAUAAGUGUGAUCUCAGGAAAACAUUUUCCUGAUCAAUUUAUGGGCUUGAUUGCUAGUUUCAGGUCUUAUUAAAUAAAACUGUUAAUUUUAUCAGUAAUAGGCUAUAAAAAAAGGGGGGAUUAUCCAAUGUAAUUACAAGAUAUUAACCAAUCAACCUUUGGUGUCCCUCGCUUUCUCAGUCAGAUCCAACCUUCUUAAAACACCAAGAUGGUGACAGCUCAAAGCUUCGUAAUAGGAGACUAACCAACAGUUGAUGUCGUAGUGGCUAUGUCCAUCUCUUAGGUACAGUUUAUGGUUCCACUUUAUUUUCGGUCCGAGCAAACAAAUCUCUAGUUUACUUCCUGCCAUUGCUGCUCUUCCUCCAUAGUAUUUUCUACAAACGUGUGACCAUCUGCUGCAUCUUUACACUGGCUCAAGCACACCACUCACUGCUCUUCAUCAUUAACACACAGUUCUUUUUUUAAUUGUUUUCCCUAAUAAAGACAUCUUAGUUUUUGCUCAGACAGAGUCGUUUCUGGUUUAAAAUAAAAAUAUGUUAGUGUGGGUGUAGCCUUCAUCUGCCGUUAGAGAUUUUAAAGCAUAACAGCAUUUUAUUAUUUAUUUAUUUUUUUAGCAUUUUGGUUAAUUUCCACCUUUUUUCCAAAAACGAAAAAAAUAAAUAAAUAAAUAAACAUGAGUUUUUGAUGUUUCAGGAAACACACACAUAAUGCUAAUUGCUUUAAAACACAUAGUAAAUAGAAUAAACAGAAAUUUUCCUCACCUGCAAAAUACAUUUCACUGUGCAUUGUACUGUGUAUAACUGUGCAUGUGACAAAUAAACACUAUCUUAAAUCUUAAUCUUAAAUCUUAAGUUAUAACAAGUAUUUCUAAAAGAACUUGUAUUUGGACCUUAGUGGCACCUCUGCACUGUGCAGUCAGCGCUAGAAAAUUUCCUCCAGAGUUAAUGUGUUAAUGCACUCGUACACUCAAUGUUAAGGCAGCAAAGCCCCAGUCAUUUUUUUUUUUAACAACUUUGAUGAAAUUGCUGCAGCUCUUUUUUUUUUCUCUCUUGAUUAAGAUACUGCUUGCCAACAAAAACGUGUUUAGGAUUUUGAUCUCACUUUGUCGUCUGUGCGCCUCAAAAUCCAUCAGAGAGAAGUGGUGUGGACUUGAGAAGAAGCUGGAUGUGACUUAGAAGGAAUUGUUACACGCAUCUUCCCUAAAAGAACAAACUGCUGUUUACUUUGACAACGUGUAAUGUAUUCAAUCUGUUUUUGGUCCUUUGCUGUCUGUGUACUGCAUGUAUUUAAGGCCUCUACAGUAAAUCCUGAUAUGAAAUUCUGUAUAUAUGUUGUUGUUUUUUGUUUGUUUUUUCUUCUUCUUUGUUAAAUACAUUAAAAAAUGUUAUGUUAUUUUUCUUUCUUUUUUGCUGUUGCACCUUUUUAAUUGUCAUCUGUAUAUACGUGUAAAUAAAAUGUCAACAUUUAA